AUGUUACCUUUGAUAUCGUUCUAUCAAUCUUCUUCAUUUUCUUUACGUUUUCUGUCAACUCAAUCAUACUAUACAUCUAUUAUCCAACGUUAUUCAUCAUCAAUCCGUCCACCUAGACCGCCAUUUUCACCUUCAGCAAAGAAAAAACUAGACAAUGUCACACAAACUUUCGAUUCAAUGAUUGAUUUUCGACGAGAACAAGCCCGACGAACGGUGCUGAUUCAUCUUGGUCGAUCUCAUUCCGAAUCCGAACUAUACAAAUUAUGUUCACGCGUUGGCCAGAUUUCGAAUAUGACACUUUAUUCUGCAAAUAAAAAAGAAUGUGCGUUACUGGAAUUCUCGAAUGAACAAAGUGUCAAUAAAUUAUUGAAUAUCACGAGUCAUUUCACGAAUGAAAAUCGUUUACCGUGUGCGUCGCGAAAUUUGUAUUUUGCAUCUCAACUAACUGGUUCACGAUUAAAACAUCAUUCGUUUGGUCGUGAAGUUCAACAACCGGAUGAUUCUGUUCUCGAUACAGCUUUAGCUGAUAUUCGUAACGUAAGUGAUCAAAUUCGUCAUUUUUGGCAGAAAACCAAACUAACUGAACUGGAUACAAGACUUCGAUUCUUUGUUGCAUCACUCGUCGAAGAAGCAUUUGGAGGUAUUUUUGUUGAUACGGUUUGUCUUCCAUUUGGUUCAUCGAUAACAACGUUUGGUAAAUCUCGGUGCGAUUUGGAUAUGUUAUUAACAUUCGAAGAUUUCCGAGAGAAAAAUCAAAUCAAAUCAGAUGGUAAAAUACAACAAUUACGUUUUCUGACUAAACGAAGUUAUUUAAACGAUCGAUUCCAAGCGCAAGCGUAUCUAAAAAUUCUUGCUGAUACAUUGAAACAUUUCAUGGCUGAAUGCACGAGUGUGCAAAUAAUUCUUCCAGCUCGUGUACCAAUCGUCCGUUUUCAACAUCGAUUGUCUGAUCUUCAAUGUGAUGUCUCAAUGAGUGAAUUCAAAUCGUCGUAUUAUAUGUCAAAACUAUUGUGGAGUUUGAGCACAAUUGAUAAUCGUGUUUCACCACUUGUUUUUGCCAUUCGUCGAUGGGCACGUGAAGCAUCCAUAACACAAAGUACUCCCGGACCAUGGUUCUCCAAUUUCCAAAUGACAUUACUCGUGCUCUUCUAUCUACAAUCAAUUGAAAUCUUACCAAAACUCAAUUAUGUCAAUGAACAGUCAAACGUGUCAAUACCACAAGAUUCGAAUCCAUUGAAUAAUGAUCUUCGUGAUGAUUUGAUCUUAAUCAAUGAACUUAAUAACAUUCAUCAGGUGCAAAUGAAGAAAGUCAAUAACAGUUCAUUGGCCGUUCUACUCAAGGAAUUCUUUAUUUUCUAUGAAAAAUUUGACUUUGAAUCGUCAUUGAUUACACUAAUCGAUCGUAAAGAUUCAGCGAAAUCAUCAUUAUUUCAAGCCGGUAAAGACAAAGAGUGGCCAAUUUACAUUGAGAAUCCACUUGUCCCAUCAAUGAAUGCGUCAAAAAAUCUCGUUGAAUCGGAAGGUGAACGUUUUCGUCAAACCUGCGCGAAAGCAUCACAAAUUCUAUCUGAUCCAUCGAAAAAUCUUCUCUCACUAUUCGAAGAAUGUCGUCAAACAUUACCGGAUGAUCUUAUUGCUCGUGCAUAUCCCGCGCCCAUAUCGAUCAUGCCCGAUCUAAAAACAGAUAUUGAUUACGAAGAAUUCAGUGAUACUCCUCAACAAGAAAUAAGUCAAUCGUGA